UUUCAAAAAUCCAAGCAAGUUGUAUUCCUACGUCGGAGUAGGUUCGAUUUGGAUCUACGCGUGCCCUUCAUAUCGUGUGCAGCCUUUUGCUUAUGUCCCCCAACUGAUUGUGGGCAUUAAUUUACUUUUUUCGGUGAUUUGCCCACCCGCAGAUUUCUGUUUGGUCUCUAUGAUUUGGCUGUCGUGGAUGAGUGAGGAAGGGUUACACCUUUGGAUUGUUUGUUCAGACGGUUCACCAAUCUUAUGUUGAGAUCCAUCUAUUUAAAAUUGUUUUGGCUAUUUUUAAUUUUCUCAAUUUUUCUAGGAAAACACAUAGCCUAUAGAGAGCACAAAUCUUUAACUGGAACAGCACGGUAUAUGUCUAUCAACACACAUUUGGGUAAAGAACAGAGUCGAAGAGAUGAUUUGGAAGCAUUGGGGCAUAUGUUUAUGUACUUUCUUCGUGGUUCGCUUCCUUGGCAAGGCUUGAAAGCUGACACAUUGAAAGAGCGAUAUCAAAAAAUUGGUGAUACAAAGAGGGCAACUCCUAUUGAAGUUCUUUGUGAAGGAUUCCCAGAGGAGUUUGCUCAAUACCUUCGUUAUUCUCGCCGUUUAGACUUUUUUGAGACGCCAGAUUAUGAAUAUUGCUAUGGAUUGUUUAAAGCAGUUUUGGAACGAAUGUGCCAUUCUUAUGAUUAUGAAUUUGAUUGGGUGCAUAAAUUGAAUCAAGCAGCUACACCAAGUGGUUCUCUUCACGCAGGAGUUAGUGGAAUGGCAGGUGGAGGUGAUGGUCAUCAUCGACUUCAUGAACAAAAAAAGCGUUCAUCUGCAAAUAAACAGUUAAUUGAAGAAGUUUUGAAGCCAAAUGCUCAAUUAGUUAGUAGUACAACCACUGGUGGGGGUAUACACCAUGGAGGUGCUGGAUUUGGAUCUACGCAGGUUAUCAAUUCAAAUGCCGGCGAGAUUGAAGAGACUAUUGGUGAUGGGGCGCGACAAGCGCAAAAAAUCAAUAGUGAGAGUCAUAGUGAAGUCAAAUGUUGCUGUUUUCGACGAAGACGUAGAAAAAGACCCCAACAACAAGUAAAAUAG